AUGGCGCGAUGGGGUCAUGUUUCUUCUCCCAGCUGGGCACAGCAGAUGGUCCUGAUGUACCGCAGACGUCACAGGGUGCAGAUGAUGCCUUCUGCCUGGGAGAGGAAACAUUACAGCUCAGAGCUGGACAAAGCAACAGCUUUUCUCCCCAGCCUUAUUUCUAGCGAAUACCUCGGAACCAGCUUCCAGGCAGUCCACGGAGUGCUGCUCUUUGCGGAUAUUUCAGAUUUCACUUCUUUGACAGAGAACUGUAUCCGGAAGAGUGGUUCAGAGGGAGGUACUGAUGAGUUGGUGGAAGCCCUCAAUCACUACCUGUGUGACAUUUUGGAGGACAUGCUGAGUCUCGGAGGUGAUGUCUUGAAGUUUGCUGGGAUCUCUGCAGGGAACAUGCACCAAGUGAGUUUUGGAGAUGAGAGGCGGCAGUACUUCUGUGUAGUUGGCAAGCCCCUGGAAGAUGUCUGUGAGGCCCAAAAGCUUGCGAGUGCAAGUGAAAUUGUCCUCUCAGCCAGCUGCUGGAAGCUCUGUGAGAAGCACCGGCUCAGGACCAGCCAUAUUGCAGGCAAAACGGCUGUGAAAGUUACGGGCAUGAAUCAGAUGUCUCGGUCGGAAUGCCAAGAUAUUUUAGACAAGCUCUUACAGAAAAAGAAGCGCUACAUUAUGGAAAAAGAAUAUGCUGUCAGGCCUGCUCUUUUCCUGAACUCUGAUACUGAUGUGGGGGACAUCCUUAGUUACCUACCAAAAUCUGCUCUCAGGAAGCUUGAUGACAGGGUGCUGCACGACUUCCUCUGUGAGCUACGGCCAGUCACCAGCCUCUUCCUCCACCUGGAUUUUGAUACAAAAAGCGUAGUAUCUUUCCGCAGUCUCCUCAACGAAGUCAACAGCCUGAUACAGGAAGUCAUCUAUCCUCACAAGGGCGAAGUGAACAAAGUCCUCCUGUUUGACAAAGGCUGCACAUUCCUCUGUGUGUUUGGACUCCCUGGAGUAAAGCUGCUGCACGAGAGCAUUCACGCUUUGCAGAGUGCAAUUCAGAUCUUCAACUCGUGUUCCAAGAUCAUUGCGAAAAUAGGGAAAGUGUCUGUGUCCGUUACCACUGGGAUGGCGUACUGCGGCCUCAUUGGCCACCCUCUGAGGCACGAGUACACAGUCAUUGGCCAGAAGGUGAACUUGGCAGCCCGGAUGAUGGUGAGCUACUCUGGCCUGGUGACCUGUGAUACCACGACCUAUGCCAGCUCUGGGCUGCCCCCUUACUACUUCAAGUUGCUGCCGGAGAGAAAGAUGAAAGGCUUCGAACAUCCUAUCACUGUCUAUCAAUAUGUGGGCAUCACCAUGAAGAGCAUAUUUGGCAUGGCUCUUGCCAUGAAAAUGCCAGAGAAUACCUCCUUGCUGGGUCGGAAGAAGGAGAUUGACCUCUUUGUCAACUGCUUGGAAGCCUGUAACCGUUUUGGACAAAGACAAAUGCUGGCAUUCGAGGGCACGAGGGGUUCUGGGAAGAGCCGAUUACUUAAUCACUUGGCCCAGUUAGGCCGGUCAGCUGGCUGCAGGGUAUUUGGCAUGGAACUGUUAGAGGUCAAUGUGAGGCAGUCCUUCUCUGCCAUGCGUAUUCUGAUGGCCAGGGGACUAGGCCUCCAGGAGUGCAAAUCGUGCAGUGCCAGGGAGCAUGUGCUACAGACAAAUCUCCAAGGGAUAAUUGAAGAGAGCAACUAUUGCCUCCUGAAUGACAUUUUCCUUGUCAAGUUUCCCAUUUCAGACAAGGUUCGCCAAAUGCAUGAAAUGCAAAGAAAAGAGGAAUUGCACUCAACUUGGGCAAAAAUGCUAGAGAAGACCAUUGAUAGAAAUGCCAUAUUUAUCAUCGACAACGCCCAUUUCAUUGACCCUGCCUCCUGGAGUAUCAUGGGGCCCCUGCUCUGGAACAUCUCCUUCUUCAUGGUCAUGAGCUUAUGUCCAGGCUUUGCAAGAACCGACAGCUUUCACAAAACCACAGCAGACAACCUGAUGUCCCAUAAAAUCACCUACUUUCAUCUAGAGAAGCUGAAACCUUCAGCUGUGGUGCAGAAGCUCUGCCAGGACCUUGGAGUGGUCAGCAUCCCCAGGGCUUUAGUGAGGUUCCUGCUCCAAAGAAGCUUGGGGAUCCCAUAUUAUUGUGAGGAGCUGGUGCACUUCCUUCUUUGCAACAACAUGCUUUUGUUCUGCACCAAGAGCUGGUAUGAAGAAGCAGAGGACAACUGGGAGAACCUGAACACUUUUGCGGUCCAGGAGUCAUUCCUCACAACAAGCUCAAGGUCCAGCACAGGGUCUGCGGCCAUGAUCUGCAUCAUAAGGCCAGGCGUGAACUUGGACAGCACCGUGCUGCCCAGUAACUUGAAAGAGAUUGUGCUGGCUCAGCUGGACGAGAUCAAGUCACUGGAGCAGACUGUUUUGAAGUUUGCAGCCAUCAUCGGGCUGGUGUUCACCACCCAGCUGCUGUCAUACAUUCUUCCCACUGGCAUCAGGCACAAGAUGACUAUCUUGUUGGACAGCUUAGUGAGUGACAACAUCCUCAAGUGGAUAGACAGCACUGAGGAGCCAGAUGUCCAAGAUCCUAGCAAGGAGCCAGCCACCUCUCCGCAGGCAGAGAUUGGUGUGGAGACCUCCGUCCCAAGCAAGCAGAGUGCGGGGUGUCAAUUUGGUGUGCUGAUGUUCCAUAAGCCGCUGCUGCGGGAGGCUGCCUACGAGCUGUGGGUCCAAAAACAGCGGGUCACCCUGCACUGCAAGUGUGCUGCCUUCCUGGAGCGGCAUGCACACAAAUGCCAGAGAUGUGGCCAAGGGGACUUUAUUGUCUUCCACCGCUUCGCUGUCGCCAGCACCCAGGACAAAAGGAGCUAUAUUACAGAUACUCAGGAGGAGCAGCAGCAGCAGAAAGCUUUUGUGGAAGAGAAUUUUGGGAACAAACAGACAACUGAGCUGCCCAGCAAGACUGACAGGGAGGACAACAGUGCAUGCUUGUGUGACUGCAAAGGCAUCGUGGAGUCAGUGCUUGUGCCUUUGGUUCACCACUACAUGACACUGGGCAAUGCGGCCAAAGCCUUUUACUACCUUCUGGAGACUGCAGCUGCCUACCUGCAUGUCUGCAACUGCUACAUGGCCCUCAGGAAGUUGAGUGAAGCGGAGAUCCUAAGGAACUCUCUAAAGAAUAAAGCGAAUGUGAUAUCCCGCUUUGAAGAUGCCACCUUCUUCAGCCUCAAAGGGGAGGUCUGCUGUUGUGUGGGACGCAUGGAGCUGGCAAAGAAAAUGAUCAGCAAGGCUUUGAGCCUGCUUGGAAGGCCAUUUCCCCAGACCUGCACUGGAGUCUUUGUCAGGUCUCAGGUGGAAAAGUUGCAGCGUGCCACUUAUGUUGCCAGAAGAGCAUCCUCCCUUCCACAGGAGGCCCAGAGGAAGAAGGUCGCCUGGCUGCUGCGGCAGAGCUGCUGCCUUUCCUUACUGGAGCACCUCUUCAGCCUGGAGGGCACUUCUGUUGGAUGGAGGCUCUCCCGCCUGGCAGCAUGCAUGAAGGCCACCACAGACAGGGCAGUGGAUGUCUAUCAAUCAGGCAGCCUGCAGGAGCUAUGA